AUGGAGGAAACACAGAUACCCAUUACGGGUCUCGAGGAGCUUGAGAGCCAUUUGAAGCACAUUAUUGAUGAGCCAGAUACGCCUCUCAACGCCGAUUUGUUUGAUGAGGUAGAGUUGCAACUUACUGACAGCAACAUACCCCCUUUGAUACCCCGCCUUCUCCCGAACGUCACUCAAAUUCUGCUCACCUACGACAAGGAUCCUGCAAUUCUUGCAAGUCUCUCCAUAAAACUUCUACGGCCCGUCCAAUUCACCCAAGCUCUCACUCUGGCAUCUGAAGAUGCUCUUAUUCAAGCUUUGCGAUCCCACGCACCCUCUGCCAACAUUCUUGGAAUCGCCGUACUCGAAAAGGCAUCUAGAUCCCCUGGUGAUACAGCGAUAUUGUCCAUUAUGAAAGGCGUGGUACAAAGCUUUGUACGGAUAUGGCUUAGCACACCACAUGUUGAAGUGGGCGAGAAGGCGACUAAAGCACUUGGUGAUUUGCUGGAGGUGGAUUGCGAUAAGAGAUCUUCUGCUGGGAUCGAUACAAGAAUGAGCGGAAUACAAUUAGCAGGUACCCCACCUGGCCAAGGAUUGCUGUGGAGACGAAUCUUCCAGGAUCGAGACAUCUAUGGCUUGAUCUUCUCGCUCUGCAGCUUCAAGACAGUCGGUACAGAGGAAGACCAGCUGGAUGAAAGGCAAAAGUCAUUGGCACAGGGUCGGCUGCUGAGGAUUCUCCCAAGACUAGCGGCACUUGAUUUCCAUACCGUAACCCACACGCAGUUCCGUGAGAUGGAAGCGCAAUAUGGCUUACAGGACGGAGAUCAUGGUCUGUUGUUCUUCGCCAUGGUGGACAUGGUGGACAAGCAAGACAUCUUGAUGCAUCUCAACUUAAUCGACAUCUUCAUUGAAUUAUUGGGAAAUAUGAGCAUCACAGAGGUUACACAAACAACUUUGGACUAUCUGGCUACCCUGACAAAAAAAGUCGCUGGAUCAGAUGGAGCACUUUAUCAGUCCCUAGAGGCAAUUUCCGUAUCGCCAGACGCAUCACCAGAUCUCGUAGAGCUUUUGGUCAAAUUGAGUCGAUAUCAAUGA